AAAAAAAAAAAAAAAAAAAAAAUGAAUGGAAAAUGUGACUUAAUUAAUUGAAGCAGCCCCCCCCUAAAAAAAAAAAAAAAAAAAAAAAAACAAGAAAAGAGCAUCUGCUGCAGUCCGAGAGGGCUUCUUAUGAAAACAUGAGCUGAUGGUGCCACGCCGCUACUGCUGCUGCCGUUGCUGCUGCUGCUGCUGCUCCACUUCGCCUUGUCAACAACAAAACUGGGGGGAGAUUUAUUCUGACAAAACUGCACAAAGUGCACAGAGAGCCAGUCUCUUUUGACCUCAUGCUGAUAUUUGCAAAGCUUCGCCAAAAGUCCCACAGUCCGGCUUGUGCAGACCCAAACAGCUUCUCAUCACUAAGACGCUGAAAUCCGCCAUUCCUCUUCCCUUCCCAAGGUAGUAAAGACUAAACAGACAAAUUCCGGCUGUUUUCUACACAUCCCGGGAUCCAAAGGAUAGGAUAAGAGGGCUUUUCCAUGGGAGGGUGGAGGGCGGAGGGGUCAAGCAACAGGAGCGUCGUGCAGAGCGGGUGCAAAAAGCCACUGGAGUCCCUGUGUGCUGCGUGAAAGAACAGCCGGGAAAAGGGGGGUGGGGAGGGGAGGGGUGGGGUGUGGGGGGUUAAGGCUGUUUGUGCAUGCGUGAGAAAAGAAGAAGAAGAAGAAGAAGAAGAAGAGACGCUCCCGGACUGUUGUCAUCACCGGAUUACAGCUGGAUAAAUGCCCGGAGUUUUCUUUUAAGGAACAGCUGACGUUUACCUGUUGGGUCACUGAAAAAGACCCGGGAAAAAUGGCCGCCACUACGAUAACAAAAGGUGUCCGCCGUGCAGCGAGGAUGAUACGUGCAAGUUAAGGAAGUGUAGUGCAAGAAGGCGGACAUCUCCUGUGAGGAACAACACACUCGGGUGAGUUUUCCCUCGGAACGUCAGAAGUCAUUAGCCGUCGUUGCGCCAGAUGUGCGACCCACUCAGGAGUCCCUGAGAAGCCCUCUUCCCAAGAUGGGAACUGGGGACUCUUUGAGAGUGUGAGAAGAAUCCCCCGCUUCUUUUGGACAGCAGCAGCAAGCACUCUCACUCACACACACACACACACACACACACACACACACACACACGUGUGAAUCCGCAGCCAAGUUGGACGCCAAAGCAGGAAAUGCCACCAGCACAUUUAUCUGUGGGCAACAAGCACUCCUGAACUGGAUCCACUACAAGCCAGACCGUUUGGAUCUGUUUACAACCGCUGGAAGCCAUAUGGCUUUGUCCAAGACCUAGGAGCAUUAAUGUUGGGUGUAUCAGUAACAAUUACACAUCACUGACGCAUCACAAGACCGAGGAUCCAAGAUGUCUACCUACAUGCAACCACUGUUGGUCAGCUUCUCGAUGGCCAUUCUUCUGGGUUUGACCUCUCUGGGUGGACUGAACCAUCGGCCUUCGGGACAGGUUUUGGCCCAGGCUCCACCUAAUAACCUGACAACCGAACCCUCAGUGUUACCAGAGGCUGCACUGGCAACACCGACUCCGGACACAGAGGUCCAAACAGUCCCGGGUGGGGCCAAUCGCUGCUGGGGUUACUACGACGUCAUGGGCCAGUGGGACCCGCCCUUCAACUGCAACGCUGGAAUCUAUAUGUUUUGUUGCGGUUCUUGCUUCUACCGCUUCUGCUGCCAAUUCCAAAUCCACAGUUUGGAUCAGACUUCCUGUUCGAACUACGACACGCCCGUCUGGGCAAACACCGGGCGACCGGCAGCGCCCGUCACAGAGGUUCAACAGGAACCAGACCGCGAUCAAACCCAUAUGAUCGUGUAUAUUAUCUGUGGCGUGGUGGCCAUCAUGGUGCUCAUCGGGAUUUUCACUAAGCUCGGAUUGGAGAAGAGUCAAGGAGGCCAGACGGACAUGACUAAUUCCAGGACUUUGACCGAGCUGCUGAAGCAGCCAGGCGAAGCGGGAGUUGUGGAUGGAACCGGAAUUCACCACCCGAUCGGGACCAAUGGGAUCUCGGCCAGGGCGUUACGCUCCAACAACGAUCAUAACCAUCUGAACAACGCAGCCUUGUCUCCCCUGGGUCCCGCCAUGGCCUUGUCUCACCCCCACAACAACCUGGGAAUCGGCUUCAAUAAGUAUUCCUCACUCAAGGGAGUGGACACAACUCCAAGAGAUUACUACAAGAGCUACCCAAUGGUGGACUACACCCACCGUCAGUCUCCUCCUACCUUCCAGCCAAUCAACUUCCACCCUAAGGAAAAGUCCUUCCUCCCACCGCCCGACAUCCACGCACCGCUGGCCAUCACCAUCAACGCUUCCCAGAUCCCCAAGCCCAAGAUCUCCAAAACCAACACCCACCCUCUGACGUCGGGCUCGGCCUUCAAAGCGUGGGACCCCAGUAAGAGCCACAUCCAGCGCCCUGCUGCGACCCACAUGGUCCUCCAGGGCCAGCAGCACCACCAAAUCCAGCAGCAGCACCACCAGCCCCUGCACCAGCCCAACAGCCGGCGCCAGGCCUACUCCAACAAGAGGCAGUUCAGCAUCGAGACGCUGCCCGAGCUCUUCUCGCAGCCGCUGGGCUACGGCCACUCGCCGCACGUGCACCCCAAGCACAAGGGACUGCCCACCAACAGCAAGACAGAGGUCACGGUCUGAACAUGACGAGCCCGAGAGGAGAGGAACGCUCUGAUAUCUUUUAUAUCCGCGGGGUGAUAUCGUGUAUGAUAAGAGUUUUUUUUUUUUUUUUUUUAACCGCCUUCCUUAUCAUUGUUGAUAACAACAACAAUAACAACAACAAUAACAACGUGGGUACUUUUUUACCACUACUGGAUCAAAACAGCGACAGCAGAUAAGCCGAGAAGGUGUCGGCUAAGCAGGUGGGGGCUAAAUAAUUGAUCGGCUUCUCAGUGUGUUGGCACAGCGUUCGACUCCGUUCCAUCCCACUCGCUCCCGCGCGAGCAACUUCAGCACUGCAAGAAAUCCCACAUGAAGGCAAUAUUUACCCCUAUCCCCCCCCCACCCCACCCCUCUCAGACUGUGGCUUCCCAUCAUCAGAGACAAUGCCAUCGUGUUGUCAGCUCCCACUGC